ACCAGCCGCCCCCACCACAGAGAAGAGGAAACGCUCCGCAUCCCGUCACCAGGGCAACUCUGCAACCCGACACCAAGGCUCAAGAUUCCGCAUCCCGGGCAGCGGACACAGAAGAAAAGCACAUCGCGGACCGGCCGCGGGGCUCCAAGGCGUCCCUGCGGCUGCUGUUCCUAGGGUGCCGAGAGCGACAGGGCCACCCUCUCCACCGGCCCGGGGUCCGCGAUCGGCCAUCCGCCGCAACGCCACCGCGCCCGCCCGACGCCUGCCGCACGUGGCGGCCGUGAUUGUCCCGGGGCGGUAUCCCUCCGCGCCCCCGCCUCAGUCUCCCCCCGCCCUUCCCGGGACCCUCCGUGCCAGGGCGCCGCGGAAGGAUCGCACGCACGCGCGCGCGCAUGCCCCGCCGUAUCCGCGGAGAACGGAGGGCGCUGCGGUAAGGAGCAGCCGCCGCCACCACCGCACAGCCGCUCCGCAGCCUCCCGCCGCUGGUUAGUCAGCCCCGCGGCUGCGGGCGGCCGGGUGGCCGGGCGCGCUCUGAGGUUCGUCCCUCAUCGCUGAACCCGCGUCCUCCCUCCGCAGCUCCUCGGGGAGGGGGGCGGUCGGUGCCUGCGCAGAGCCGCCUCCUCCCCGCCCCCGCCCCGCCUUCCCCCGCGCCGCCGCCGCCGCCGCCCGCUACCGCCGCCGCCGCCGCCGCCGCCGCCGCGCCUGCUGCUCCUCGCCGUCCGCGCUGCAGUGCGAAGGGCUCGAAGAUGGCCGGUUGGCAGAGCUACGUGGAUAACCUGAUGUGCGAUGGCUGCUGCCAGGAGGCCGCCAUUGUCGGCUACUGCGACGCCAAAUACGUCUGGGCAGCCACGGCCGGGGGCGUCUUUCAGAGCAUUACGCCAAUAGAAAUAGAUAUGAUUGUAGGAAAAGACCGGGAAGGUUUCUUUACCAACGGUUUGACUCUUGGCGCGAAGAAAUGCUCAGUGAUCAGAGAUAGUCUAUACGUCGAUGGUGACUGCACAAUGGACAUCCGGACAAAGAGUCAAGGUGGGGAGCCAACAUACAAUGUUGCUGUCGGCAGAGCUGGUAGAGUCUUGGUCUUUGUAAUGGGAAAAGAAGGGGUCCAUGGAGGCGGAUUGAAUAAGAAGGCAUACUCAAUGGCAAAAUACUUGAGAGACUCUGGGUUCUAGCUGCUAGGCAGACUGUUAAGUAUUAGGGGAAAAUUGCUCUUAAACUUUCCUAGCUGUAAGCUUAAGUCUUAAUUCUGGAAAUUUUAUUAGCAAUGCAGGGUGAUGGGGUAUGAACCUGUGUCUCCUUUGUAUCCCUCUGUUGGUGGGGAAAGGUGUCUUUCUUUCUGCCCUCCCCCCCCCAAAUAAUUCUGUUCACUUUUGUUUUGUUUCCUUGUGUACUCCAGCAUUGGUUAUAGUCAUGGGAAAGGAAGGUGUCCACGGAGGCACACUUAACAAGAAAGCAUAUGAACUCGCUUUAUACCUGAGGAGGUCUGAUGUGUAAGCAGCCUCUCCCCAUCUGCCUAGCAACUGUCUUCAUCAACAACCCUAAUUAUGGUCACAAUGCUACCAAACUAUAGAUGGUAGCUAAUUUUUCUUUACCUAUUUUCUAAUGUCAUGAUUCCUGUUUGCCCAAUGGAUCAUUUGUAUGUUAACCACUGUAUGUAACCAACCCUUAUCUGGCAACAUAAUUGCAGCACAAUAAUGAUUUGCAUGAUACCUUGAAAUUGGGGGGAGGGGGCAUGCCAAGUUGGGCAUCACUUUGUCUUAGCAAUUAAUGGGAUAUUGAUUACUAAAAUAAGUUAAUAUUAAGCAAGGUGCCGGUUGUACAAUCUCUGAUCAAUGUCUUUUCAGCACUUUGAGCAUUUACUUGGCUCAUUUAGUCUUCCUUUUGUAGCGCAUGGUUGGGAGGAAAAAGUGCAUGCAUCUUUCCUUCUCUUCACUCUUCUCUUUUUCCCACCCCACCUCCCUUCGCACAUAGGCAUUUGGUUUGCUUCUAUCUUUUUUUAUGCAGUGCCUGUUUUUUUUAACCAAUUAAUAUCCCUUUUGUUGAUGAGCUAUUGAGAGCUGCAGUAGUUUGCUUUUAGUAUUGUUGUUGCACUUGAGACAAACCUUUAUUCAUAGUGUCUACAGGACAUAUGAAGAGUGCAAUGGCAAAACAAGAGCAAAAAGCACUUCCUCCCAUGACCUUACAGUAACCAUACUGAUUGACUCCCCAGGGACAUUCCAUCAUUGCAAUAGCUCAGAUUUUUAUUCCUGUCUUUUUCUUUGCACACCAGCUCUACUCUUUAGUAAAAUUGUAAAAGGCUGCCAUUAUGGACAUUAGGUAUCCCAACAUAACCAUCUGGAGUGUGUCCAGUUUGUUCUUCAUAGGACCAAUUUUUAUUUGCAGCUUGAGUUUUUAUAUGAAGUUGCAUUAUUGUGGACUUGGCUGUCUUGUGAUGAAUUUUUUUCAUAUGUAUUCUGUGCCAUACUAUUGUUAAAAUGAACUGUUGCUAUUGUGAGAUGGAUUUUAACCGACCUAUUAAGGGUUUCUUUCGAAUGGCACUACUUUAGGGACAUUCUAGUAUUUGCUUCUAUUGUUUGGGCCUUGUGGAUAAUGUACAGAUUUAAAAACAAAUCUUGUUGCUGAUUUGUCCAUUUCUUUCCCUGCACUUUGUUACAUCUGGGAUACAGUCUAACUCAUCUGAUUUAAUAUGCAUUUAAAAAAAUGCCAUAACUAUUAAACACCUUGUUUACAGACAGAUGAAAUAAAUUUAUUCCAACCAAAUA